UCGAACGUUUCCUCUGGGUUGGCGCGAGCCCCGGCGGCGGAGGCGGCGGCGGAGGUCGAGAUCAAGGCUAGCAUGUCCGAAAGGCGAACACGGUCCGGAGGGGCCACACGGCACUCCGGGUCCAGGACUUCAUCUCCUACUCAGUCUCUGCGGAGGUCCCAGCGGAAAUCAGGCCCUGAUCUCCCGAGCACCCUCCCUGAAAUCUGGCCCAAGGCUCCCCAUGCGGCUCCAGUCAGAAAGCCCAUCGUGUUGAAGAAGAUCGUAGCCCAUUCUGUAGAGAUUCCAUCUAUCCACACGCCUCGAAGGAGCCCAAGGAUUGCUUUUUUCUUGGAGAAGGAAAACAACCCUCCCACCAAGGAGACUUCUAGGGAGGAUCUCUUCAAGUCAUGUAGCAUCCCUGUCACCCCCACCACCACUCCUGUGCUGUACCCCGUGAAUGUUCCCCGUGAGUCUAAUUCCAGGGAAGAAGACCUGGAUGCCAGAGACUUGGAAAUGUCUAAGAAAGUCAGGAGAUCCUAUAGCCGACUGGAGACCUUCGGAUCUGCCUCCACCUCCACCCCAGGCCGCCGGUCUUGCUUUGGUUUCGAGGGGCUGUUGGGGUCAGAAGACUUGGCCAGAGUCUCACCUGUGGUGUCUUCCAAGCUGACGGAAGUCCCCAGGGUGAAGCCUUGGGCCCCAGAUACAACUCUCCCUGGAAUCUCCCCACCAGUCGUGAAGGAGAAGCGAAAGAAGAGAAAGGUGCCAGAGAUCCUGAAAUCGGAGCUGGAUGAGUGGGCUGCAGCCAUGAAUGCGGAGUUUGAAGCUGCUGAGCAGUUUGAUCUCUUGGUUGAAUGAGAUGUCAAUGUCAGGGGGUAUCCCUGGCCAUCCUCUCCUCUCUCCUGUACAUAGCUCCUCCUACUCAUGGAGAAGACACUUGGGGUCCUCUCUCCUGGCCUUAUUACCUGUAUCUAUGCUGCUGCUGCGUGAGGCCUGUAUUCCUCUGAGGGUUGUGGUGGUAGCAGCCGUCUCAGGAAGUGGGGCUCUCCAGGCCUGGCCAUGCCCUGCAGUCCUAUGUUUGGUCCUGUGACCCACCAGCCUCUCCCUGCCUCCCAGAGGAGCCUUUUCAUUUUCCAGCUGGGCUGCACACUAGGGAGUAGGAUUGCUUGCAAAGCUGCAGGAAAGGGCUUGGGAUUGCUGGUGAGAAGGGGCCUGGGCCAUUUUUGGGAAACGUAGCUGCUCUGUACCAACUCCAGAAACCAGCACCGAGGCAAGGCAUCCACAGGCAUUCCCUGCUGAGUUGUCUUCCACUAGAGGCCUAGUUCCCAGCCAUGGAGCCCAUCUGUGUAAAGAGGCUUGGGUUCCCUGUUAGAUUCUGUAGAUGGUCCAGGAGAGAAUUUGUGGGUUGGGUAGAGUUCUAUUUGCAGGAAGAUGCUGGACACUAUAAUAUAGAAUUUUAUGUUUUGAAGAAAAAAAGAGAAGCCGUGCUUAGGUCAGACCAGAAGCAUUUACUACGAGAAGGUGGGUUUUAUUUCUCUGCUCUGCAGUUGAGAUGUUCAGUUAGAUGCCAGGCUGGUGUAGCACUGGCUGCUUGGGGCCAAAAGGGUGCCAGAAACUGAGGCCCAGGGCUCUGGACAAGACACCUGCACAGGGCUGAGAAGGGGGCUAUGGCAAGAGGUGCCCUUCAUCAUUUGCACCUAUAUUUUAUCUUACAAAAUAAAGUACACAGAGUCUUCUCCACUCUAGAGGGAAAACAGGGUUGAAAGGUCCUACUCCUGGAGUCCUGCUAGUUUUGCAGCUACACUCAUGAAGUUCUGGAAGAUGCUCUUCACUUGCCAAGAAGGGGCAAGAAGUUUUAGCUUUCUUAGUGUCUUCUCACAUGAGAACACUGAGGAGAUGUGAGGAGCAGAUGGGGGGGGGGUGUUGUUUCAUUGUUUCUGGGGACCCCUACCCCCUUGCUUUUCUUUUGUCAAUGCUAGUAAAAAUCAUGCUCUCAAAGGCUGCCCUAGCACCACUUUGGCCAUACCUCAUGCAGGUGCAUCUUUUGAUGUUUACGGGGUCACCGCAGUAGAGGCUGAGGAGUGUGGUGGGGCAAAUGGGUGGCAAAAUGUCUGGGAAGAUGCACUCAUGCUUGGGUAGGGGACUGGAUGCACCAGUGCAGGCCUGGUGGGCACUAAUGAAGCCCUUGCAAGGCCCGGGGGUCCCGGGGCUCCUGGUCAAUGCUUCGUGCUUGGUCAGGCUCUGUGAGCAAGUCCCUUGCCAGGGCAGGCCCAGGUGUUCCAGAGCUGGACAGCAGAAGAAUUCUUGUCCUCACUGGCUGGUAGGGCAGAACGCCCCGGAAGGGCCCCAGUCGGGCAGUCGGGGAGUAGCCAGGUGGUGUGGAGUUGAUGACAUUAUUGCAAAUCCUCUCUUUCCCUGAAAAAUUAAGACUGUGGAGUUUAAGGAAAAAUUGUUGCUUGAAUUAAAAAAAAAAAUCUGAAUAAAAAGUUUUUGCUUA